AUGGUGUCCGGGGCAAACGAUGCAAAGACACCGCCCAUAGUGUCCCUAGCCGCCGGCGGUGUGGCAGGCGGCAUCGAAGCUUUUACAUCCUAUCCCCUAGAGUUCGCGAAGACGCGGGUGCAAUUGAGAAGCCAGAAGGGCAUUCCAACGCCGCGCAACCCCUUCCUCGUCGUCACGCAGGUCUACCGAAAAGAGGGCAUCCGCGCGUUGUAUAAAGGUUGCGCUGCGCUUGUUGUUGGCUCCAUAGGAAAAGACGGCGUGCGCUUCCUCUUCUUCGACCAAAUAAAAAACUCCUUCGCCGACCCCGAAACCGGGACUCUCUCACCGCUGCGCAACCUCGCCGCCGGCAUGACCGCCGGGGUCGUAGCGUCCAUAACCGCCGUGACGCCCACCGAACGCAUCAAAACCGCGCUUAUCGACGACGCGCGGAACGAGCGGCGCUUCCGCUCCGGCCUCCAUGCAACGAGAGUUAUCUAUCAAGAGCACGGCAUCCUGGGUCUCUACCGCGGAUUCGCCGGGACUACGCUCAAGCAAGCGUCUGCGACGGCGUUUCGCAUGGGGACGUAUAAUAUCCUUAAGGACUUCGAGACGAAGCGGGAUAUUCAACAGAGCACGCUUGUCAACUUUGGGAAUGGGUCGGUCGCGGGGAUUGUGACGACGCUUUGCACGCAACCUUUUGACGUUAUUAAGACGCGGUCGCAGAGCGCGCAUGGGACGAGCACGGUCGAGGCUGUUAAGAGCAUCUUGCUUGAUUAUGGGGUUAGGGGCUUCUGGAGAGGCACGACGAUGAGGCUGGGGCGGACGAUAUUCUCCGGCGGUAUUCUUUUUACCAGUUAUGAGGCGGCGGUCAAAGUUAUCAUGCCGUUGUACUCGGGGGUUACACAUACGGUAGGCGCGGAUGCUGCAUAG